UGCUUACAACAAAUCAUUACAAUAGAUAAAUAAGCAAUAUAUUAUAAUAUCGCUGAUAUAUCAAAAUCGUUAAAAGAUAACAAUAUUGCAAUAGAUCAAUAGAAUUUUUGCGUAACAUCAGUUAUGAUAUAUAAUGCACCACCUGUCUGAUUCACUCAGAAAUGCCGCCCGUCCUUCGCUUCGUCAUAUGAAACAUCAGCACGCGCCGAUCGCGGCAGCACUAUGGAUUAUUUUCGCCGCUUCCGCUGCGGAUGGCCAGCUCAUGAACCCAGUCACCUCUUUGGCCAACUUCCUGAACGAGGGCGGCCACCAGUACGACAACGAGCCCCCCGACCAAACCGAGCUGCUCCAGGAGUACGACUACAUCAUCGUCGGCGCUGGAACUGCAGGCUGCGUCUUAGCUAACAGGCUCACUGAAGUUAAAGAAUGGAAAGUUUUACUAGUGGAGGCCGGAGUGAACGAAAACUUUAUCAUGGACAUUCCGCUGGUCGCUAACUACCUGCAGUUCUCAUCCGCCAACUGGAAGUAUAAAACAAAAGCGUCGUCAAGGUACUGCGCCGGAUUUGAGAACAAACAAUGCAACUGGCCCCGCGGAAAAGUAGUGGGAGGCUCCAGUGUGCUAAAUUACAUGAUUUACACCAGGGGAUCACCCUACGACUACGACAACUGGAAAGCGAUGGGCAACGAAGGCUGGGGAUGGGACGACGUACUUCCCUAUUUCAAAAAAGUUGAAAACUUCAACAUACGUUCAUUUAACGACCCCAAAUAUCACGAACAGGGUGGCCACGUUAACAUUGAACAUGCGCCUUUUCGUACUACAAAAGGAAAAGCAUGGGUAAAAGGAGCUCAAGAGUUAGGUUUCAAAUAUGGCGAUUAUAAUGGCCCUACUCCAGCCGCAGUAUCGUUUUUGCAGCUGUCUAUGAAAAAUGGAACACGCCACAGUUCCAGUCGGGCCUACUUGCACCCUAUUAACGGAAGAAAAAAUCUUCACCUAUCAAAAGGAAGUCUAGUGACGAAACUGAUUUUAGAUGACAGCAAAGCCAAAGUAAUAGGUAUAGAAUUAGAAAAACAUAAUAUGAAAUACAAAAUAUUUGCGAAAAAAGAAGUAAUCUUAUCGGCCGGAGCCCUUAACACGCCUCAAUUGCUGAUGUUAUCAGGAAUAGGACCAAGAAGUCAUUUGGAAGAAAUGAAAAUACCUGUAAUAAAAGAUCUAGCAGUUGGUUACAACUUGAUGGACCAUAUCGCCGCUGGAGGGGUACAGUACGUAGUCCGGCCACAAAACGUAUCUAUAUCUACAGAGUAUAUAUUUAAUCAUUUAGAUGUGGUUUUUAAAUGGAUGAGAACACAUAAGGGGCCACUAUCCAUACCCGGAGGGUGCGAAGCUCUGAUUUUCAUGGAUUUGAAGGAUAAGUUCAAUACUACGGGAUGGCCCGAUAUGGAGCUGUUAUUUAUAACCGGUGGACUAAAUUCAGACCCUUUGCUACGCAGAAACUUUGGUUUUGACGAUCAAAUAUUUACAGACACCUAUGGUCCGCUUGGCAGAGCCGAGACUUUCAUGGUAUUUCCCAUGUUAAUGAGGCCGAAAUCGCGCGGUAGGGUGAUGCUACAGAGCAGAAACCCUAAGGCUUCGCCUUUAUUAAUUCCAAAUUAUUUUGACGAUCCAGAAGAUCUGCAGAAAAUUGUGGAAGGGAUAAAAGUUAGUAUCCAAAUAGCGCGACAACCUUCGAUGAGGAAAAUGGACACAAAGAUGUACGACGUACCGAUAGAAGAAUGCUUACAAUAUGGUCCCUUUGGAAGCGAUGCAUACUUUGCAUGUCAAGCGCGGAUGUUUACGUUUACAAUCUACCACCAGAGCGGCACUUGCAAAAUGGGACCAGAGAACGAUCCGACAGCUGUAGUCGACGCUAGGCUAAGAGUACACGGAAUUCAAAAUUUAAGACUAGUUGAUGCCAGUGUGAUGCCUGCAGUACCGUCUGGGCAUACGAAUGCCCCCACUUUUAUGAUAGCAGAAAAAGCAGCAGAUAUGAUCAAAGAAGAUUGGGGUAAAUGGAGAUGACCGGCAUUAUCAUCUGUUAAAUCUUUAUAGCAAAUUUUAUGUCACGACUUUCGAGGCAAAAAUACUUUGGUAAAAUAUGGGUAAUUUGAAAAUUAUCUAUAUUUAAAAUGUGUUAUGAUAACGCAUAUAAGUUACACGCCUUAUAAGUUAAUUCGGGUGAGACGGUUGUUGGGAACUUUUCUUCGAUAUCUACUUAUUUAAUAUGAAUGUUUAGUCAUAUCAUAAGUAGGUCAAAACAUGACCAUUUGAAAUUCUCCGGGCGAGGUUUUUUUCGACGUGUAGACCUCGACAAUCCUCGACUUCAACACUCCUAGAUCUGCCUAAAAUUGUAUCAAACCUCAUGGGGGUUUGUCAAUGACAAUUUACUUCUUUAAACUCGAUUUACCUGAUCAAUUUGGGUUUGGGGUUUCGGAGUUUCACUGGUAAAGUUAGCUCCUAGAAAUGACCAGUCACACGUAAAAAUACGUUGUGAGUUUUGGGCUACGCUAUAGGUUUGACCAAGACACAUGGACAGUCACCAAAUAGGAAAAUAGAGACACAAAUUUAGUCCUCGUGUAUCAAUAUACAUAUAUUUACGAUUAAGUAAAAAAAGUAGCUACUUGCAGGCUGAGGAUUCGUUUUUUUGGGAGUCCGUUUAAUUCAAUCCGAAGCCAGCAAGUAACCUUCCAGCCGAGACACACAUAGUGCUAAUCUCAAAAAGGGUGCAAGAAAUAUAAAUAUAAUAGAAAUGUUUUACAGAAGCAACGCUUUUACGUAGGUAAAUAUUUUAACAGAAAAAUAUAAAAACAACUGAAAAGAUUUGCUUUGACACCUUUUUAUUUUUUUAAAUCAAAAUAUUGAAGUUUAUUUUCUGACGAAAUUACGCCAAUCUAUUUGAGACAGCUAAAUAGUCGCGAUACCAACAUAAUAAUAAGUACUGAUCAUCAUCGGUGUGGCUGUGGCUGUUUAAUGGUCAUUUCAACUUUUUUUCAAGUUUGAAACUUGACUAAUAAUGGAAUUUCUAUGCAACAUUGCAGACCCGAAAUCGUUUUGACAUGACUUCGCGACCUAUUUUUUAACCGGCAAAGUCGACUUUGCCGUCCAUUUUUGAGAAUAAUAUAUUUAGAGGUCCUUAUUGUUAGUGGUGUAAAUAUUUUGGUCAAUGGCAUGUAAAGAUGAUUGUUAACUUGACUGUACGAUACUACAAAUCGACUUACUACUUAAAUCUUUUUUUGACGCCUGCUCUGCACUCGCGGCAAUAAUGAUCUGAUACGAGUAGGUACUUUCCAAAUCCAGUGGAGGCGUUAUAUUUAGUUUUAGAUUUCAGGGUGCCUAUUAGUCAAGGUGAAAAUCGCUUGCGCUACGACAAGGAAACGCUUUGUGUCUGUCUAUCACUCUUCCAUAUUAGUGCGACAGUGACAGAGUGACAGUUGCGUUUCGUUCGCUACGGAGCGGAUACGAUUGGCAUGUUAGCUACGCACCCUGAUGUAAGGAUGUAACUAUGGAAAGGUCAAUUAUAUGAACUGACGAGACGGACUAGAACAGACGUAAUACAUAAUUGCAGAUUAAUAUCCAAUUAAAAACGGCGAUUUUUUUUGCCAAAUGGAUUAAAAAGUUGGAGUUCUUGCUACCAUCCAAGUUACAUGUUUUUAUCAUAUUUGGUCAAGAUAAAGACAGCUGAAAAAUCACUUUUAAUUCUGACGAUGUUUGGUUUGGUAUGUAAUAUUCUUGUAGAGCAAGAUUACGAUAUUAUGUCGUUAUUCAUAUACUCGUAUGUUCUACACGCUGAAAUAUCUAUUUGGAUAAUAUAAUCGUUUAUUCUCAAUUGACAUUUAACACUACACAUUCGGGUUACGAACAACAAACAUUCAAAGAAGUUACAUUUUUAAAUAAAUAAAUUACAAUUAAAGAAUGAUAAAUAAAUCAUUCGGCCAUUUUGUUUACGGGGUAAUAACAAAAACAAAAAACGGGGUACCUAAUAAGAAUAACUCCCUGGGGAGAAGUAUAGUAAAAAUGUGGAGGAAACAUUACAAGGGCGGACGACUUCCUUACCACAACUGUGAUGAAAUAGUAUAUUACGAUACAAGUGCGAAAAAUAGGAAAUACGCAACGAGUGACGAUAAAUUAAAUCUCGACCGAAGGGUGUGUUUUAAAUUGACUUUAAUUGACACGAAUUUCGAAUUACCUAUUCGCACAUGUAUCGUACGUUUCACAGUACACAUUUUUGAAUCACGUAAUGUGCUAAUUAUCGCACAAGUGCGGUAAAGUAACACCAUGUAUACUGUAAUAGUAAGUUAGUAUCUAACUAUUUAUUGACACUUAUUAUUUGUAUGUAAAUAAUCAAGCAUUGAUUAGGUAUGAACAAAACACGUAAUUUAUUUUGUAUUUUUAAGUAGAAAAUAUAUUAAGGUAAGUAUACAUUGGAAUAUAGCAAGAAUAUUCUUAUGUAUAUUUCACAGAAACACAGAAUGUUGUAAACCAAAUAAACAAAUGCCAUCAAG